UCCAAUAGCGCGAACUUAACACUGGUUGCUCAGGCCCAGUCAAAACAAUGCAGCUUAGCUUUUACUUAACGAUUAUUAUUACCCCGUUUAACUUCAUUGUACGGUGAAUUCACCGCCCGGUGUUCUGCUUCGGUAACGGUUAGUGUCGUCGUUGUAACCGGUUAUUGUGUCCGAAGUUGUCCGUCCGUCGGGGCUUCUUCUACCGUGCGUUUUGUCUUCGCUGACGGUUGGAAAUGUAAACGGCUAGCAGGCGUCUGAGAGCGGCAGAAAACACACAAAACACGGUGAAAAUAAGAGAAAGGAGAGGGCGGAAAAGAAGUACGCGUCGAAGUUGAAGCGAGAGGCAGAUUAAAAUCAACCUCCAGCUCGGUCGACUGGUAGCAUGGUGGAGUAAAGGCGUCUACCGGGCUGCUCGGAACCUCUCAGCGGGGAAGGAUCACCAUGGCUCCGGGCUCUCUGGUGGCGGCCUGCCGCAGCCUGGCCCUCUCUACGUGGCUGCUUUCCUUCUGCUUCGUCCACCUGCUGUGCCUGGACUUCACCGUGGCCGAGCGCGAGGAGUGGUACACGGCUUUCGUCAACAUCACCUACGUGGACCCGGCCACGUCGGAGCUCCGUACCGAGAAGACGGAGUGCGGGCGCUACGGGGAGCACUCGCCGAAGCGGGACGCUAGAGGAGUUGUGGUUCUGCCCGCCGCGCUGCACGACCGCCAGGCCUGCGACCCCAAUACCCGGUUCGCGGUGCCCGUACAGGCCGGGGCCUGGGUGGCGCUGAUAGCCCGGGGUAACUGCACCUACAAGGACAAGAUACGCCACGCUGCAGCCCACAACGCCUCGGCGGUGGUCAUCUUUAACGUGGGGUCCGGUAACGUUAACGACACCAUCACGAUGCCUCAUUCAGGUACGGGCGAGGUGGUUGCCAUCAUGAUCCCAGAGCCGAAGGGCCGCGAGGUGGCAUCGCUGCUGGAGCGCAACGUGACGGUCACCAUGACGAUCACCAUCGGCACGCGGAACCUGCAGAAGUACGUGAGCAGGACGUCGGUGGUGUUCGUGUCCAUCUCCUUCAUCGUGCUGAUGAUCAUCUCUCUGGCGUGGCUCGUCUUCUACUACAUCCAGAGGUUCAGAUACGCCAACGCACGGGACAGGAACCAGCAGGAAGAGCUCCAACAGGUGAUGAUAGGCAGGGAGCAGAGGCUGCAUGUAGAGAGUAGACAGCGUCGACUUGGCGACGCGGCAAAGAAAGCCAUCAGUAAGCUGCAACUUCGUACCAUCAGGAAGGGCGACCAGGAGACGGAGUCUGACUUUGACAACUGUGCUGUCUGCAUCGAGGGCUACAAGGCCAACGAUGUGGUCCGCAUCCUGCCCUGCAGACAUUUGUUCCAUAAGAGCUGCGUGGAUCCGUGGCUGCUGGAUCAUCGCACGUGUCCCAUGUGCAAGAUGAACAUCCUCAAAGCCCUCGGCAUCGCCGUGAGUCCGACGCACUUUAACCACAUCUGUUGGAUACGUUUUAAAUGUUAA